AUGCGUAACCUGCUCGUAAGGAGUACAGUCAGAGCAGCUCGAAAUAGCUGCUUAUCAAGGGUCACUUGUUGGCAGCCACUCUGGUAUGGAGUACGUAAUUUUCAUCAAUGUGGAAAAGGUCCAUUAAUGAAUCAGUUCAAAAAGAAUCCAAAUCCUCAGGAUAUGUUAAGUAACAAUACAGAUUAUCUGCACAUUCAAAAUAUACUGCUUCAGAAAAAUCGUACAAGGAUGGACAAAGAGCGGCUACUGUCAGAAGCUACUAAUUUUUACCAAAGGUUUAAAAUUAACACUAAGUGGUUACUCAUAAGAGGUAAUAGACCGUUUUCUGCCAACGAAAUAAGUACCAUGUUCUCAUGGUUAUUGAUUUCACAAAUUGCCUGGAUCAUAUUGGGAACGACGACGUUUGUUUCUAUAAUUUUACUCAUUUUCAAUACAGUUUUUGCCAAGGAAGUGGUAGGUAGAUGUAUUGGUAAAAUGUUGAAUGCAUAUUUGGACGGUAUAGAUGUGAAUUUUCAAGAUGCAUUGAUACCGGAAUGGAAGAAAAGGUGUAUUAGGUUUAAUAAAGUGGAAUUAAAGACUUCACAACAGGAACAUAUGGAGCAGGAUGAAAAGGAACCCAAGUUUGAAUUUGAUCUUAAAUUCCAUCAGAUAGAGCUGAAGCUAAAUUUAAUGAAGUGGCUUUGGGGUAAUGGCCUGAUCCAAGAUAUAUCUGUCUUUGGCAUGAAAGGUGAUGCAAAGGUCAACUAUGCAUAUAAAUCAAAAUCCCCAAAGGAUUUUCUCAUUGAUUGGUUUUCCAAUAAGGAAUACCAUUUGGGUAGAGUACAAAUCACAGAUUCCAGUGUGAACGUUCAUGAUAAACAAAUGGGGACUAAAUUCAAACUCUCCAUAUAUGAUUUAGAGAUGCCGCAAUUGAGAUUCGAAUGGAUGAUCCCAGACUUCUUUAAUGCGAAUAUUGUCACAGGUGCCAUCAAUCAUUCACUUUUCUCAAUUCACAAGAGGCAACACAAAUUGCCCUAUAUAAACGAAUUGGAGCAGGAUCUUCAGCAUUGGAAAAGAAUAACCAGGUUGAGAUUGGACUCAAUCAACGUUAGAGAUUUGGGUCUUAACAGAUCUAAUUCCUUCAACUGGGUAGAAGAUGGUGACCUCGAAAUUAUUGCAGAUGUGAUGUUACCACAUACUGAAACGGAUACAGGUGACUAUGAUGAUAAUAGCAAAUACAUGGUUCUCGAUUUGAAGUUUAAAUUUAAGGAUUUGAAGGCAAAAUUCCCGGAUAAUGCCCCCAGACUAUCCACUGGCGAACACAUCAUUUCACUGGAAGAGCUAAAGCCACUAAUUUCUUACAUCAAUACACAGCACGGAAUUUUCCAAUCAUUUAGCGACAUUAGACAUUCAAAUUCUACAUGGAACUCACCACAAGUUGCCAUCAAAAAGACUAAAUCGUACCCGAAUGUAACAGUAAUUUCGACACCAUCAAGAUGGCCCCAAAGUGAAGAUGGUGAAUCUGCUAAAAACCAAGAAAUUAUUAAAUUUCAUGAUCAACCAGCACAGGACAAUAAUGAUAUUGUUCUUCGCUGUAGAAUAGUGAAGAAUGCCCAAGAGUUGAAAAACAUGAUCAUGUUCCAAGAAACUGGUGUUUACGAUUCCCUAAGCAUGGAACUUUAUGUUGAUUUGAUCAAAAUGGUCGACGAGUGGGAAUACAGAAAGAAGAGUGAUUGGAUGAAACUUUGGGGGACGACUGUGGUCACCCAACUUGUACUUUUUGGAUUUGGUGCGAUGGUCUAA